CCAACAGAUAUUUGCCUCCUCAUCGCGAACCGGUCUCCUCUUUUUGUGUCUAUCUCGGGUUCUGGCGUUCAUCGUUAAGCCCUGCGGCUUCGCUGAUCGCCGUGCAGAUUGAAUUCAAUAGGUAAAUUCAGUUCCUUCGCUCAGUGAGUGCCGGUGUAUGGGUGUAUAUGUGUAGUUGUUAGAGUGCAUGCAUUCUCAAGACUGAACCCCACCCGUACGAUGACAUAUCAAGCACUCACAAAACUUCCGGUUGGCUUUCUGACGAGGAAAACGCUGUAUGACAUAGUGAUUGCGGGGUGCACAAAUGAUCGACCCAUUGAAGCUUCUCCGUGUCAAUUUAAAAGCUAGUGUAUCUAUUUGCAGCAUUUGAUCGCAACGAGCGGUGCGGUUCCUAGACACGAACACUGUCGAAGAGCAUAUUAUAGCCAUAAGUCAAGCAGAAGAUAUUCAGGGAGCGUCUCGGGGUCAUGGUCAAACAAUAACCUCCAUUUUUGUCUUACUUCUCUCUGAGCGAGAUAUAUCUCGGGUAGUAAACUCGUUAGAGUUAGUUCUCAUAUACUAAAAUAUAACUUGUUGUAUAUAAUAACUUGUUGAGACCGAGUACAGGUUAUUGUAUUUGUUAGUUCAGGCUAAACGUCAACAUCUGACGAGCUGGGUCCAUCAGCUGCUGAGCGACAGAUUGUCAGUUUCAACGAGAAGACCUUGUGCUGGCAUCUAACCGCCACAAUCGACUGUACGUUGAGACACGUGGUUGUUCUAUGGGGUGGACGCAAUUUACUAAAUAGAAAGUGCCGAGUCGUACCAUACGCCCGGACUGACCCGAUGGCCAUUAUCUAGUGUACAAUACCGUUUCAGGGAAGUGAUACCGGCUAGAUUGCUCGUCAAAUAGCAGGGACAGCACCGUGCAGUACUGCUCAGGUUCACCAAUUCAGUGGGGCCUGCGUUAAGGCGCUAUCGGCCGGUGAUACGUCGCUAGUCAUGUUUGAGUGAGUGAAAGCUCUGGCGGAUGUUGUGUUAAAGCCAAAUGAACCAGAAGAUGAUUCGGCCGCCGUGUAACUUGCUGCUGCAUCUAUUACCUGGAGACCAGGUGUCGUCGAGCGGGUCUGCAAUCAACGACGCCGGCUUCUUCUGAGCUCAAUUACGCUCAUAGAAAGAAGAUCGCGCUACUGACCAGCCUCGUUCAAUUAAUUCAUUGCGGUUGAUCUCUAAUGGUCAUGUAAUUGUAUUGAUGAUGGGCAGGUGAAGGUUGAAAACAGCGAAAGGUGUAGAAAUAUUUACGUUGUCGUAUCGAGGAUUGAUUAUGCGUGUAUGAUUAUGUGAGUAGAUGAAAUGUUGUAAUAAAUGUAGAUUAGUUCAGGUCGCCAGGCGAAAAGUUCACAAGUGGCACGGCAUUCAUCAGAGAUCGCGGUGGAACAGAAUAUAGCGAGCAUUGCUGGGAAGAUGUCUGCGAAAUAUGCAUAUCAUCCUGCAGCUUCAUUGGUAGCCAGAGAGUCGAUUCAGAUGGCCUAUACGGACGAUCUUUUAGAGCGAACUCUCGAGGAGUUGGAGCGACUUUCAACUGCGCCAUCACCUCGCGCGCUUCUUGAGGAUGAAGAGUUCGCAAAUCGUAACCUGAACGCGUCAGAUCGCCUUGUACAAGGCCGUUCACCAGGGAGCUAUCGAGGCGUCCCAUCGCAUCCUCAUGCAACCACAUCAUCACAUUUGUACAAGCCCGUGCCGCCGAUUCCAGUGGAAGAUCAUAUGUCACUUUAUUCUAAUGGACGAAUUUACCGUCACCCUGGGUCGGUUAUCCGAGCCACACCGCCCCCUCCGCCAGCGCCAUCUCAACCCGACUACGAUGCAAGGAGUGAUACAAGCAGUAUUUACGAGCCGCUCCGACCGCGUGCACCCAGCCAGCAAAGCACCUACUCUGGUUCGCAUGGGCUGCCAGGAAUGCUAGGUUACGGAUUUGGAGGUUACUCUGGAAGCAGCGCAAGCUCUCAGUAUUCGAGCCAGUCAACAUUACGGGGGUCUGCCUUCAGCGACUACUUUGAGGAAGACUGCGGUAGUGUGGCCGAAGAGCCUUUUGCCAUCGGAUCGUGCGUGGAAUGUCAACAUGAGGUCCUUAAUGACGGCUCGGGAUGCAGUGCCAUGGAUAAGGUUUAUCAUAUCAGCUGUUUCAAGUGCCAUGUAUGCAAAAGGGAACUGCAGGGAAAAGCAUUCUUUGCCGUGCAGGGACAACCCUACUGCGAAGAAGAUUAUUUGGACACUUUAGAGAAAUGUACAGCCUGCCAGAAGCCUAUUUUAGAGCGCAUUUUACGAGCCACUGGUAGGCCGUUUCACCCUGCAUGCUUUUCGUGCCUCGUCUGUGGCAGGGGGCUUGACGGAGUCCCGUUUACGGUUGAUGCCGCGAACAAUAUCUACUGCAUUCCAGACUUCCACAAAAAGUUCGCGCCCAGGUGCUGCGUUUGUAAGGAGCCUAUCAUGCCACAGGGCAAAGGAGAAACCGUACGCAUUGUUGCUCUCGACAGAUCAUUUCAUGUCGCCUGCUACCGCUGCGAAGACUGCGGACUACUUCUCGGGCAAGAUCAUCCCUGUUACCCUCUCGAUGGUCAUGUUCUGUGCCGUGAUUGCAAUGCCAAUCGCGUCCAGGCCCUGACCGCGAAUCCCACAAGUCCCUCUACAACAAGCAUUUCUUCCAUGUCCACCACAGCAGCUGGCAGCAGGGGACGGCCAUCCAGUCAUCAACACUACCAGCAGCCACAGCAAAAAUCAUCACAGAAUCAGCAGCCACAGCAAAGAUAUGUGUUCCUGAUGUAUCUAGAAAACCUGCCACCCUGUCGAAAGGAGAAUGACGACCUGCGCAUGAAGUUGGUGUAA